AUGCUCGACGGUAACGGAAUGGCGACGGACCAUCUGUACGCCAACAUGACGUUCAUCUUCUCUAUCCGCAACCCCAACACGCGGUUCAAUACGUGGUUCGACGGCGGCGAUCUCUCCAUCAGCUAUCACAACAUGGCGAAUAUCAUGAAGACAACGCUGCCGACCUUCCAGCAGGAGCAACUCGAGUGGUCCAGUUUCAACCGCUCGCUCUCAACCAUGGCGUUUCCGCUCUACGCGGGGGGGACGUUCAUGCGCGCGGACAUGGCGGAGCAGUUCGUCCCGCUGAAGCUGAACGCGACGCUCAACAGCCACGUGGACGUGCUGUGGAAGAUCAUCCAACCGAAAUACGCUCAGCUGCUGGAGUGUGUGGUUCACAUUAACCCCGCGUCUCUACAGUACAUUAACGAUACGUGCACGCUUACAAUGCUUAACAAGAAAUUGUAG